UCUCCUCCCACUCGCUUUGUUUCUUGCUGUUGGACGUGACUGCAUCUGUAUGAACGUUCGCUUUAAAUCAUGGCUAUUGUGUAAAUGUGGGGAGAAAAAAAUAGCGUCUCCGUAUAUGACUUAUCCGUGCCAUAUGAUCUCAAGUAAGAUCGAGAGCUGCCUUUAGUUUAAAAUUAAUCAAGGAUUUACUGGUUUUAUUCGCCGCUGGCUGGGCGAUGAAAAUGGACCAGGCGGCGAGCCGCUACCAAGUGUUGCACAAUGAGGACGAGCCCUCUGAAGGGGCCGCAGGUGCCGAGCCGUCCACAUCCUCCCAGGCCGCUGCCGCUGUCGUAGGCAUCAGCAACCCCGCAAUGGAUGCGGAAGCUCCGCCUCCUCCUUAUACCAGCGUGGUGCUUGGAGCAACAGCUGCACCAGAGAGCACAUUUCCGGGGGACUUUCCCGUUCCUCCACCAUACAGCGUUGCCACGUCUCUGCCCACUUACGAUGAGGCAGAGAAGGCCAAAGCGGCAGCCAUGGCUGCCUCAGCAGUGGAGGUCAUUCCACGAGAUGAGGAUUUUCCGGUUCGGGAUGACUUAAGUGAUGCUGAUCAGCUGAGGGUGGGAAAUGAUGGAAUCUUUAUGCUGGCCUUCUUCAUGGCCUUUCUGUUCAACUGGAUUGGGUUUUGCUUGUCUUUCUGUUUGACCAACACCAUUGCAGGCCGAUAUGGUGCCAUCUGCGGCUUUGGUCUCUCUCUUAUCAAAUGGAUCCUCAUUGUGCGGUUUUCAGAUUACUUUACUGGAUACUUCAAUGGGCAGUACUGGCUCUGGUGGAUUUUCCUUGUUCUUGGACUCCUGCUGUUCUUCAGAGGGUUUGUGAACUACCUGAAAGUGCGUAACAUGUCCGAAAGCAUGGCGUCUUCACUCCGAACCCGCUUCUUCCUCCUGUACUAGAGGUCGCCUCGCCAAAACAUUCCUCCCUAAUGUGAAAUUCCUUGAUGAUUUGCAACCCGUCAAAUGAACUGGACUGGAUCCCACUGAGGGGAAGAGGAAGACGAGAAAAAAGAAAACCAAUAUCUCUGCCAAAUGUUCUGAACUGAACUCAGUAAAAGCGGAAGGUUUUUCUGCACUCCGAACGAGUGAAAAUCAGCUCUUGAUAUCAUAACUUCCCAGUUAGCCUCAGCACAUACAUUUCUGGUUUAUUACUAGAUUUUGACAAGACAAAAAAAAAAAUCCCUUAAUGGUUAAUCUUUCCACACACUGCAUGCAGAGUAAUGGAUUUGUAUACUUGGGUUGGAAAAACUGCAAAAGGUCACUGGAAAUAUGCAGCCAAGACAUCCUAUGCAAUGUCUUUUACCAAACUGGGUUAGCUUAGCAGUUUUAGAUGGAUGAAACUAGAUUAGUUUAAUUCUAUUUGCUUCGUUGCAUCCAAGGCCUUGGCAAGUUUGAUUGCAUUGCAGUAUUAAUAUACCAAGUUUAGAUUAAUAUACAAGUUUAGUAACUUUAGUUAAAUGGUCAAGCUAAUGGCGAUGUAAAGUACAAUUGCACAGUUUCUCUUCUUCUUAAGUUGUGUCUCGCUUAACUUUAUAGUAAAUGAUUAAGUAACUUCAUUCAUGUGUUUCAAACUGGAAAUGGAAUUUGUACUUAUCCUAAAAUAUAUAUUUGCUUUUUGCACCUUCAGUUUUUCCCCAUUUUUUUAUGGUUCUUGGUUGUUUUAAGUUGUGACUUUGCUCAAGCUGUGACCUGCCUAGAUGACUUUAGUUACUUGAAUGCCUGAAUGCUACUGUCAUUUGUUUCUAUUCAUCACAAGCAUCUUCAGAAAUAUCGGAUAUUAAAAGAAAUGCAUGGUUAACUCGGUUACAGCAGUUUAAAUGACUAAUCCAGUAAACAAUAACAACAA